CCGGGGCGCGGCAUGGCGGGCGGCGGGGGGGAGCCCGAGGCACGGGCGGCGGCGGCCGGGGGGGGCGGCGGCCCCGGGCCCUGCCCAUGCCCCCCCGGCGGGCCCCGCGGGCCGUCCCCGCCGGCCGAGGAGGGCGAGACGCGGCAGCGCUACGAGGAGCUGUGCAGCAGCCUCAACAUGGACGAGAGAGCCCGCUCCGAGGCCUGGCUCAGCUUCCAGAGCAUGAGGCGCAACUACACGCUGGAGGGGAACGAGCUGCACUGGCUGGCCUGCGCCCUGUACGUGGCCUGCCGAAAGGCGAUCCCGACCAUGAGCAGGGGGACGGUGGAGGGAAACUUCGUGUCCUUAACCAGGAUUUUGCGCUGCUCGGAGCAAAGCCUGAUUGAGUUUUUUAACAAGAUGAAAAAAUGGGAAGACAUGGCAAAUCUACCCCCUCAGUUCAGAGAACGAACCGAGAGACUGGAGAGAAACUUCACAGUUUCUGCAGUAAUUUUUAAGAAGUAUGAGCCCAUUUUUCAGGACAUCUUCAGAUAUCCUCAAGAAGAUCAGCCUCGUCAACAGAGAGGAAGAAAACAGAGACGACAACCGUGCACAGUGACCGAAGUGUUCCACUUUUGUUGGGUGCUCUUUGUUCAUGCAAAAGGUAAUUUUCCGAUGAUCAGUGAUGAUUUGGUCAAUUCCUACCAUCUCUUGUUAUGUGCUUUGGAUCUAGUAUACGGAAAUGCUCUGCAGUGUCCUAAUCGUAAAGAACUCCUGAAUCCUAAUUUUAAAGGUCUACCUGAAGACUUUCACAGUAAGGAUUAUAAAGUGUCAUCUGAUCCUCCCUGCAUCAUUGAAGAACUGUGUUCAUUACAUUAUGGAUUAGUUUUAGAAGCAAAAGGCAUAAAGGAACAUUUUUGGAAGCCAUACAUUCGGAAACUUUUUGACAAAAAGCUUUUAAAAGGAAAAGAGGAAAAUCUGACUGGAUUUCUAGAUCCUGGAAACUUUGGCGAUAGCUUCAAAGCCAUCAACAAGGCCUACGAGGAGUACGUCUUGUCAGUAGGAAAUCUGGAUGAGCGAAUCUUUCUUGGGGAGGAUGCAGAUGAAGAAAUAGGAACUCUCACAAGGUGCUUAAAUACAACUUCGGGAAUGGAAACAGCCGAACGAGUGCAAGUGAAGCAUAAUCUGCAGCAACACUUUGACAGGUCCAAAUCCCUGAGGAUUACAACCCCACUUACUGGCCGCAAGUACAUUAAAGAGAGCAACCCGUAUGUGACGCCUGUUUCCAUAGCAACAUACAGCUUGAGCCGCCUUCACACCAUGCUGGCCGGGCUGAAAAAUGCCCCCAGCGAAAAUCUGGAGCAAAUAUUCAGGGCAUGUUCCAGAGAUCCUUCUCAAUCUAUUGCAAAUAGAGUAAAAGAAAUGUGUGAACUCUAUUGCCAGAGUAUGCAGUCUGAAGGAGAAUUCAGUAAUUUUUCUAAAGAUGUGGCCAGUAAGCAUUUUCGUCGUGCUGAGGUACUGUACUACAAGGUUUUGGAGUCAGUUAUUGAGCAAGAGAGGAGGAGACUGGGAGACACUGACUUAUCUGCAAUACUGGAGCAAGAUGUGUUUCACCGGUCUCUGCUGGCAUGUUGCCUUGAGAUCAUUACCUUUACCUAUAAGCCACCUGGAAACUUCCCCUUCAUCAUUGAAAUAUUUGACAUUCCAGUUUAUCAUUUUUAUAAGGUAAUUGAGGUUUUUAUUAGAGCAGAAGAUGGACUCUGCCGGGAAGUAGUAAAACACCUUAAUCAUAUUGAAGAACAGAUCCUGGAAAGCAUGGCAUGGAAGCAGGAAUCCAUAUUGUGGGACAGAAUCAGAGAUAAUGAAAACAAAGUUCCUAGUUGUGAAGAGGUAAUGCCACCUCAGUAUUUUGAGAGAUCUGCUGGGAACAGUGUUGUAGGUUCUCCACUGACGCCAAGACGAAUAAACGAGGUUCGUGCUGAAAGUGGAGGACUUGGAAAAGGCCUCUCAUCUUCUCCCACGACCCUGUAUGACAGAUACAGUUCUCCUACAGCCAAUCCCACCAGGAGAAGACUGUUUGUUGAUAAUGAUAAUACCUCUGACAGUGGAACUCCAGUAAGAGUUCCCCAGCAGCCCGUGGUAAAUACGGUGCCUGUGCAGAACAUGAAUCCUGAAGCCAUGUCCGUAACUCCUGUGCCCGGCCAGACGCUGGUCACAGUGGCAACUGCCACCGUAACAGCCAAUAACGGGCAAACCGUUACAAUACCUGUCCAAGGUAUUGCCAACGAAAAUGGGGGAAUAACUUUCUUCCCGGUCCAGGUAAAUGUAGGAACCCAGCCUCAAGCUGUAUCUGGCUCCAUUCAGCCCCUCAGCGCCCAGACUCUUGCUGGUACCCUGAACACCCAGAUGACUGGGGCAACGUUACAGCUACCAGGCCAGGUAACUGUGCAGCAGAUCUCUCCUGGAGAGCAAAGACAAACCCAGCAACUUGCCACUGCCGCAUCUGCCAGGCCCCGGAAGAUGGGCUCGCUUUCACUCUUCUUUAGAAAGGUGUAUCAUUUAGCUAGUGUUCGUCUACGGGAUCUCUGUGUCAAACUCGAUAUAUCUGAUGAGCUGCGGAAAAAGAUCUGGACUUGUUUUGAGUAUUCCUUGGUGCACUGCCCUGAAAUCAUGAUGGACAGACACUUGGAUCAGCUGCUCAUGUGUGCCAUCUAUGUAAUGUCUAAGGUUACUAAGGAAGACAGAUCAUUUCAGAACAUUAUGCGCUGCUAUCGGACACAACCACAAGCCAAGAGUCAUGUGUAUCGGAGCGUCCUGAUAAAAGGCAGGAGAAGACGACGACAGUCUGGCAGCAGCGAUAGCAGCCAGCAGAACUCACCUACAGACAGAAGUAAAGAGAAAAACAAAGAAAAAACUAGCAGAGACUCCAGCCCCGUGAUGCGAUCCAGCAGCACCCUGCCUGUACCUCACCCCAACAGCGCUCCCCCUACGCCGACCCGGCUGACCGGUGCCAACAGCGACACUGAGGAGGAGGAGCGAGGGGACCUUAUACAAUUCUAUAACAACAUCUAUAUUGAGCAGAUUAAAGAGUUUGCCCUGAAGUAUACUUCAAAUGGGACCGAUUCUCCUCCACUCUCGCCCUACCCGUUUGUAAGAAUCGUCUCCCCUCGCAGAAUACAGCUGUCCCAGAAUCACCCAGUAUACAUCUCACCACACAAAAAUGAGCCUACUCUCUCCCCUCGAGAGAAAAUAUUCUAUUAUUUCAGCAGCAGCCCAUCUAAGAGGCUAAAGGAAAUUAACAGCAUGAUUAAAACAGGAGAAACUCCAACAAAGAAGAGAGGCAUUCUCUUAGAAGAUGGUACCGAAGCACCAGCUAAGCGGAUCUGUCAGGAAAAUCACACUGCUCUGCUAAGGCGACUACAGGAUGUGGCAAAUGACAGGGGCUCUCACUGAGGUCAGUGGUCCAGCACAGGAAUUCCCUCUCUCCUGCUGCACGGAGCCAGGUAGCUUCACGCAUCGCACGGGUUCACCGAGCCUUGCAAACACCAGGCAGUCAUCUUUUGUUGUCUUUCCACCUCAUGCCUGCCUCCUGCCAGACCGCGCUGAACCUUGGGACGUGGCAGGAAGCGGCAGGAGGCGUCUCCUAUGAUGCCUGGGACACUGAGGAUGCAUUUCAAACUGCAACUCAAACUUGCCCCAUCAUUAAGCUAAUUAUAAGGCAAGGGAGCUGUCUUCAGGCUCUGGCUUGAGAAAGCAGUUAAAAAGCUUUUUAUUGCUUGGAGGAUGCAUCCCUAAUACAGCUUUCUUACCUUGCAACAGGUAUUUACAUCCAUUUGCUCUAACCAGUCUACUUACACUGUUUUUGUCAGUGCUUUACCUUUUCAGCUUUGGACAAGGAAGUUAUGUAUGUAUCAGACAUGGGAGCACUGUGCCAAGAUGCUCAUAUUCAAGGGGGCCUUUUUUUCUUUAUAACAUUAAUGACCUCCACAGAAAUAAUGACUGACGUGAUUUUCUAGGAAAGUCCAGUUGUUCCCCUUGGAAAAGGAAGAUAGCUUAAUUCAGGGCUCAAAAAAAAAAAAAAAAAUCCUAUGUGAGUGGAUACUUUUAUAUUCGGGAUGUUCUGUGUGCCCCUGAAAACGAUCACAUUAUUUUGCUUUAAUGUCUGGGCACCUUGUAUAAAAGUAGCUGAUUUUGUUAUGCAUUGUUUUUAGCUGUGCAAUGUUUUAAAGUGAACUCUUGUUCAAAAGGUGGCACUUUUGAUAGGGCUGUGAAGCAUCAUUUUUAAGGCAGAUUAGUUUUGCUGUAUAUUUGCAAUGGCACUUUCUAAAUGUGAAUAUUUUUUUUAAAAGGCUGACUUCAGAUAUUUUUCUUUAUUGAAGCAAUUUGACUUUUGUAUUUAUUUUCAAAUUGACAUCCUAUAGCUCCCCUCUUCAGCAAAUGGCAUUAAGAACUAAUUUUAACUUAAUGUGCAUGCAGUAAUGAAUGCAGGAAGCUAGAGAUGUUUACAAGCAUAUAAAAUUCCUUGAAAAAAGCAAUGUUUCUGCAGAUUGCUCUUUUUGAGAGUCAGGAACUGGCCAUCUCACUUAAUCAGGAGGAAGGUAGCUUCCACCUCUUAAAAAUGUAUACUCAGCUUUUUGUUGUUGUUUGAUUUUAAAGGCCAGAGUGGUUGUGAUUUUUUAUUUUUCUAUGGACAAAAAUCAGACUGCCUGGGAGAGAAAUCCCUCCCCUACUAAUAGGAUCAGCAAGCACCGCAUGUAUCAAUUAGACCGACUAAUUGUUUUCAUUUAAAACAAGCAUACCAACAAGCUUGGUAUUUUAGAAUUAAGUCCUUUCCUAAUACCUGGUGCGCUAUACUAUAGCCAUGUACUCAUUUUCACUGACAACUGGGGACAGUGUUGCUGUUCAAUGUAAAAUUUAGCACACACUGAUCCUGUAAGUUUUUAUAAUGAAACAAUUAAAAGCUUGAUGUUUUCACGCAUUCCUGCUCCUUUGAAUAAUGGGAAAGUUUAGGACUUAAUUUCACUGUAAUUUCAAUUAAGCUAAAAUAGAAGCAUCUUUCAUUCUUACCUGUGUAACAAAGGCUGAAGUCAAGCAGCUGUGUAGAUGUUUCUGUAAAAAAUAUUUAUGAAGUUGUCAGACAAUUCUUGUUACUUCGUACCAUUUACAAUACUUUGUAUGAAAAUAUUGCAAGUGUAUUUUUCAAUAAAGAAUUUAUAAACUCACAA